GUAUAUAUACCUAGCUAUAGCGGGUCGGUGCCGCGACCCAUACUUAAGUUAAUACUUCGCUUGAAUAAAACUAGUGUGAUAUCAGCCGUCGUUCGUUUCACUCAUUCCCUGUCACAUACCGAACAGUGGCGACGAAUCUACCCGCGUUAUAAAAAAGUGAAAAGUAAAAUGUCUCAUUUUGGAAUUUUAACAAGUUUUGAUCAUAAUUCUGGAACGUGGCAGGUGUAUAAAAAUCGGUUGUCGCAAUGGUUUAUCGCGAACGAUAUAACCAACGCAGCCGACGCUACAGGAGUGAAGAGGCGCGCGAUAUUGCUGAGCGCACUCGGUGAAGCUACCUACAAGUUAGCGGCAGAUUUAGCUUUGCCUAAAGUACUACAUGAUUUGCCAUACGAAGAUAUCCUCGGUAUUUUGGAUACACACUUUUCCCCUAAACGGUGUAUUUUUGGUGAAAGGUUUAUGUUUUAUUCCGCCGUACAGAAAGAGGGGGAAAGUUACACAGAAUGGGCUGCAAGAUUACGUGGACUGACGGAACAUUGCAGCUUUUCAAACCUCGAGGACGCAUUAAGGGACCGUUUUAUAAUGGGAAUGCUUCCUGGGAAGGAGAGAGAAAAGCUGUUUGCCUUAGAACCUGACAAGGUCACCUUGGCAAAAGCAGUCGAGUUGGCAGAAAGCCUGCGCAGCGCGCGCGCAGGCGCUGGCCCGGCCGCAGCGCAGGCCUCGUCGGCAGCGGCACCUGAUCAGCUGUUCAAGAUUGCUACAAAACCUAGUGCUAGUAGUGUUAAUGCUAAUGCUAAAGUGAAGUGCGCGGUAUGUGGUUUUAAAAAUCACACUACAGAGCAGUGUCGGUUCGCUAACUAUACUUGCAGGAAGUGUAACAAAAAGGGUCAUUUGAAUAGGAUGUGCAAAAAAAUUAAUUUUGUGGAAAACGAGAACGAGAGUGUCGGUGAGAACGGCGAUGACGGUGAGUUGCUUAAUAUUCGUACUGUUCAUGGGGAGCCAAUGACAGAAAUGAUUGACGUGCACGGGGUGAGAAUGAAGUUUCAAUAUGACUGCGGCUCAGCGGUUACUGCGAUUUCUGAACAAGUUUAUUUACAAUACUACAAACAUGUGCCGUUAUCCCAACCUAAACAACGGUUACAUACUUAUAUAGGCAAUAAUAUUUGUUGUGUCGGUAUAGCCCCGUUGAUUUUUUAUUUUUUGGACAAACCUCAUACCUUUGACGUUAACGUUAUCCGAAAUGGGGGGCCUCCGAUUUUGGGUAGGGAUUUUAUGGCACAUUACGGUCUGAAAAUUACAAAACCGGUUAAUUUUUGCGAGUCAUCAGAUUCGAUUGUAGAUUUAUUACAAAAACAAUAUCCCGCGGUUUUCUCUGAUGAACUAGGCACUUUUAAUAAAUACAAAAUUAAACUAUUUCUCAAAAGUGACUCAAAGCCAAUAUUUUUCAAAGCGCGUCCAAUGGCUUUCGCUUUACGCCAAAAAGUUGAAAAUGAAUUAGAGCGAUUAGUACGAGUAGGUAUUUUAAAGCCGGUCGAAUACUCGGAGUACGCGUCGCCGGUCGUGCCGGUCUUAAAACGCGACGGGUCUUUACGUCUUUGUGCAGAUUAUUCUGUCUCAAUUAAUAAACAGCUGUUAGUGGAACAGUACCCGCUACCCACUGCACAAGAAUUGUUUACUAAGUUGCAUGGCGGACAACAAUUUAGUAAAUUAGAUUUAUCACAAGCAUACGCGCAGUGCGUUCUUGACGAUGAAUCUCAAAAACUCACUUGUAUCAACACGCACAAAGGGCUAUUUCUUUAUACCAGAUUAGUAUACGGUUUAGCCAGCGCGCCGGCUAUUUUCCAGCGCGUUAUGGAGUGCGUGUUGGCAGGUAUGGACGGGGUUCUAUGUAUGCUGGACGACGUGUUGGUGACGGGGAAUAACAGGGAGGAGCAUUUGACGAGGUUGCGGGCAGUACUUCAAAAACUGCAAGAUGCCGGUCUAACCUUACAAAAAGCUAAGUGUGAUUUUUUCAAGGACGAGUUAGAGUACUUAGGUUACACUAUAAAUAAACACGGCUUGAAAAAAUCACCCAAAAAAGUUGAAGCUAUUAUGAAUGCACCCACCCCGACAAAUGUAGCGAGUUUACAGUCAUUUUUAGGGUUAGUAAACUACUAUCGGAAUUUCGUACCCGGCGCGUCAUCAAUGCUUAGUCCGUUAUACCAAUUAUUACAGAAAGGGGUUAAAUGGGUUUGGAAACGACAUAACGACGCUUUUUUGGCUAUCAAAAGACAUUUAUCUUCAGAUCAGCUAUUGGCCCACUUUAACCCAAACGCGACUAUAAUUUUGAUCACAGACGCAUCCCCGUACGGCCUUGGGGCAAUAUUAUCACUAAUCGAUUCUGAUGGCGUCGAACGUCCCGUGUCGUAUGCCUCUAGAACGUUAAACGCCGCCGAGAAACGUUAUUCCCAACUACAGAAAGAAGCCACGUCGAUUAUUUUCGGAGUCCGGCGGUUUCAUCAAUAUCUGUAUGGCAGGGCAACUCCUUUUGUUUUGCGCACUGACCAUAAACCUCUUAUAUCAAUAUUCGGUCCAUACAAAGGAAUUCCAGAGGUGUCAGCAAACAGAUUACAGCGCUACGCUAUGUUUCUAAGCGCGUAUAACUAUACAAUAGAAUACAUACGUAGUGCUGAUAACAGCGCUGACUACCUAUCCCGCGCAACCCUGCCCGAUGACGCUUGCGCCGGCGCGCCGUCGGGCCACGAAACCGGUUCAGCGGCUGAGUUUAUUGACGAUAGGGCUUCAUACGUUAACUUUGUAGUUGAUGAUUCACUACCUAUCACAUUCGAUACCUUACGUAACGAAUGUAAAAGUGACGUGACCUUAAGGAAAGUGAUAAAAUAUGUCCAUGACGGGUGGCCAAGAAAAGUAUCUGAUUCAGAUAUACAGCCCUAUUUUUUUUGUAGGAACCAACUUUCACUUGAAAACGGGUGUCUAAUGCGGGGUCAUAAGAUUGUGAUACCCCUACGAUUGCAGCCAAAAAUAUUAGCUGAACUGCAUAAAUCGCAUUUAGGUAUCGUCAAAUGCAAAGCGGAAGCACGUAGUAGGUUAUGGUUCCCGGGAAUAGAUAAGGCAAUUGAAAAUGUUAUUGGGAGUUGCCUCAUCUGUUCACAGCUCCGGCCAACACCUCCCCGUGCACCGCUGGCAGUGUGGCCCUACCCGCCGCAGGCUUUCUACAGAAUACAUAUAGACAUACUUGGGCCGGUAAAUAAUAAGUCUUAUUUAGUAGUCGUCGAUGCCUACUCGAAAUGGGUAGAAGUUUAUUCUUUGAACAAUACAACUUCGCAGGUAGUUAUAGCCAAAUUAUAUGACUUUAUGUCUAGAUUCGGUCUUAUGCAUACCUUGGUUAGUGAUAACGGUACCUGUUUCACGUCAAGUGAAUUUGCGCGUUUUUGUGAAGUAAAUGGUAUUACGCAUGUAACUUCUCCCGCAUAUAACGCGGCCAGUAAUGGCCAGGCGGAAAGCCUAAUUAAGGUUACCAAAAGAGGUAUACGGGCAUGUUUGCUAAGUAGUAGUGCCAAAGAUAUUGAUCAAAAUUUAUUAAAAUACCUAUUCGAUUAUAGAAACUCAGUCCACACUACUACAGGCGUUCCGCCUGCCCAGCUGGUAUACGGGCGGAAACUUCGUUCGCGCCUUGAUUUGCUUAUACCUAAUGUACCUAUCGCGGCCGCCGCGCCGUCGGCGUCCUCACACGACACUCUCGCUGAGGUUGUAAAGUAUCAACAGUGUUUGCAGACUAAAGCAUAUGGUGGCACCAAUAGGCAAUGUUUUAAGCCGGGUGAAAAAGUCAUGUUUAAAAAAUAUUUAAACAAAAAUAAAUUUACAUGGAAUAGAGGUGUAAUAAUUAAGAGACUGGGAAAAACUGUAUAUAUUGUGCAAGAGUGUGUAACUGCAUUGCAAUUAAAAAAACAUAAAAACCAAUUGGUAUCGUUUAAAGGGACAGAGGCAAACAAUUAUAGCGGUACGGCAGACAUCGAUACCUCCAUUGAGUCCACAUCGGGUGACGAAAUUGACCUGUCUCCAUCUGAGCUACGCAGCGAGGAACCCGCAGUGACACGACUAGAUCCAGCGGAGCCCCCGCAGUCCCUCGCGGUGGAGGGGAGUGGAGCCACGCCGGCAUCCUCUGCGACUGCGACGUCGUCGCCGGCCCGGCAGACAUCGGACGCCGCCACGUCACCCGCGCCAGCUGAUGACGAGGGUCCUGACGAGUUCUUUGAGGCACACGAACAGAGUCAAGGCACAGAAGGUGCACAAGAUACAGAGACUCAACUUGAAACCGGAAGUCCUAGUAGAACAGCUGGACAAAUGUCGUUGCGCCCUGUCCCUAGGGUUGAUUAUAAACCGUUUUUCUGUAUUAUGUAAUUAGGUCGUAGUUUUUAAAUUAGGUAGCUUAAGAUGUUACGUUGAAGAACUAUUAGGGGGAGAUGUUGUAUAUGUAUAUAUACCUAGCUAUAGCGGGUCGGUGCCGCGACCCAUACUUAAGUUAAUACUUCGCUUGAAUAAAACUAGUGUGAUAUCAGCCGUCGUUCGUUUCACUCAUUCCCUGUCAC